AUGCGCGUCCACGAGAGCGGAAUUGACCACAAUGCCGAAACACCAACCACGCCCGUCAUGCCCAGCACCACCCUCGCACCAUCCGUCUGCACCACCACCAACGCCUCCUCUGUAGCUAACGCUGACACCGCCGACCUCACAUGCCCACACUGCCCAAGCACAUUCACCUCACGCAUCGGCCUGGUCGGUCACUUGCGAAUCCAUCGCACAGAGACCGGAGAACCAGUGCCUGGAGCACCAACCUACGCCCACCAAGCUCGUCUCAACUGCCCACACUGUCCUCGCACCUUCAGGCAUCGUAUGGGCCUAUUCGGCCACAUGCGCAUCCACGAAGACCUGCGGUAGACAACCGCCGGUUACAUCACACAUCCGCACACCUCCUUCCCUCCUCCACCACCAACAACACGCAUCAACACUCACCCACCGCAUGCACCAACUGCCACCUUCCACGCAAGUGGGACGUGUGCACCUCGACUCGGAACCCAUGCGGCUUCGGCUGCACGGGUGAUUGGGUCCGAGACUAUCCCGACACGUCAAGUGUCGUGGAUAGGACGGUUGCUGAUUGACGGCCGCUCUAGGUCCACGCAGUUCGUCACGUUGUGUGUGUGUUGUGUAGUGGCGGACUGGUGGGCUGGGGACGGGCUGAAGCAGCACCUUCCACGGCACUCUCACGCAUGUGAGAGACACGCCGUUCAACACCCGUUGUGUGAAAUCCUGGUGUUUGUGUGUGUGUAUGGGGGGCCAGGUCGUGCUGUGGCGCGCGCAGGCAUGGUCAGUCGACCGUGUCAGCCACCGCGCCCAUUCCCCACUCCAGUCUGCUGAACGGCUCGGACAGCGGCUGAUGUGUGGUGAUGGGAAUGGAGAGUGAGGUCGACGACUCAGCGCACUUUCCUCACUAUAAUCAAUCUGACGCGCUUGUAGCUAUCACGGUGCGCUAAAAGCCGUGGCUUGGAAGGUUGCCAACUGACGGGGUACCUUGGACCUCCUCCUCCUUGACUGGAGGCGGUCUGAGAGUCAGGCUGCAAUGGCUCCUUUUUAAUGUGGCCUUUAUGGCACUCUCACCACAGUGUGGGAUCCGAGCCAGGCGUUGGCGGCACGCCUAGGUGCGGCUUCGGCCGUGCCAGCCUCCAAAUCUCUGUUGUGUUGGUUGAAAUACUGGUCAUUGUUGUGUGGACCAGGGGGUGCGGAGUGGAGCGCCAAGGCGAGGAUCCGUCCGAGCCAUUCACCUGCGGCCUCCUUCGUCUCCGGUCUUCUUGACUCUGUCUUGACACCGGGCUCAGGCGGGGGAGGAGGAGGGAGUGUAGAUAGAUGCUACGCAAGUCUACUGGCACUAUAAACCCCUGCGUAAGUCACCGUCCCUCCUUCCACAAUGCACUCUGUGGGGCACACGGUGGUCAUCGUCGAAAUCGACGGACGAACUGUCGUGUGUGUGUGUGUGUGUGUGAGUGUAGGGUGUAGGGGUGUCCAGCGGUGGGUUCACGUGAUGGUCGUAGUGGUCGCUCACUUGCUUGCAGGUGAGACUACACCUAGCGUCCAUUUGCUGGCACCCAACUCUCACCUGUGGCUCCACGUAGCUGGGCUCUGCUCAGCGGCCACACCCCGGGCAACCGUCUCGACGGGCGGGCUAAACCAGAUGAGGGCGCUGUGCACUUGUGCCGAGUGCACAGCGUACCGCGGACUCCGCUGGAUGGAUGGUCGGAUGAAACACUGCGCCGGCAUCGUCGAGACGAGGCUCUGCCUGGUACGCCGUUGGACAACUGCUGCCGGGACGGGUCUCUGCAUCGCCUUCGCUGAGACGCGCCCACCCUCGCCGACGGAGACCGCGGACUCACGGCACAUGCGGUCGUUCUCCACUACGAACAUAAAAGUCGUGGCCCCAUAG